UUUGAGAAGUUGGCUGGGUUUCAAGGCAGCCUGAAGCACAGCUCUAUAUAAAAAUAUGCACUGUGCUAGCCAGUGCAUGAAUGAAACCUACAGGACCUUAUAGGCGGCAGACAUGGAGCUCAAAAUUCAACUAACGCUGCCCUUUCUCCUUGUUCAGGUCCUGCUACAAGUAUUUGCAGUGAAUUUGGACUGCACACCUGGAUUCCAGAAGAAGAACUAUCAAGUCCUUCAAUCUUCAGAUUUUAAAAAGGACCAGUUCAUUCUGAAAGUUCUGUUUGAUGACUGCAAUGGGAAUGAAGGGCUGGAGUUUUCAAUUUCUAACCCAGACUUUCGGGUCGAAGCAGAUGGAUCUGUGUUUGCUGUAAAAGAAAUAGCAGCCCGCGUGCCAGGAUUCCUCAUCCAGGCAACAUCUGCUCAUGCACAGGACUUGGCUGAAGUCUGGAUUGUGGGGGAAGAAGGCAAUCGUGGUAGUGUUUUAAAGGAGAGCCUGAAGAUUGGAAACAUCUCCACUCUCCACAGAAGGAAAAGAGCUUUGAUAGCUCCUCCCAUUUCGUUCCCUGAGAAUCAAAGAGGACCAUUUCCAAAAGUUAUUGGACGGGUUAUAACUGACAGGCAAGAUGGCAUAAAAUUUCAACUUCAUGGUAAGGGUGUGGAGGAGGAACCAAAGGGUGUUUUCAAAAUCAAUGACCAAUCUGGAGAAAUCAUUGUCACCCGUUCACUAGACCGCGAGGAGAUGGACAUGUAUAUUCUGCAAGUUGAAAUCACUGACUCCACUGGGAAACUCCUUGAAGGACCAGCCACUCUAUAUAUCACGAUUAUUGAUCAGAAUGAUAACAAACCUCUCUUCAGGGAAGGACCGUACGUGGGCCAUGUCCUGGAAGCAUCCCCUACUGGAACUACAGUAAUGCGCAUGACAGCUUUUGAUGCAGAUGACCCCAAUACAGACAAUGCAGUUCUGCGCUACAGCAUCAUUAAACAGACACCAGAGACACCAUCUCCAAACAUGUUCUACAUAGACCCAGAGAAAGGAGACAUUGUCACUGUAGUGCCACCUUCAAUCUUAGACCGAGAGACCCUGGAAGUGUUGAAAUAUGAAUUGAUUGUCCAAGCUAAAGACAUGGCAGGCAGUGAUGUGGGAUUGACAGGCACCGCAACUGCAACUAUCAUCAUUGAUGACAAGAAUGACCAUCCACCUGUAUUCACUAAAUCUAUGUUCCAAGCUACAGUGAACGAAGGAUUUACUGGAAUUAUACUGAAUCUUACCGUCGAGGACAAUGACGACCCAGCUACUGGAGCAUGGAGAGCUGUCUACACCAUUAUCAAUGGAAACCCUGACAUGAACUUCAAAAUUGAGACAAAUCCGAAGAACAAUGAUGGAAUGUUAUUUGUUGAUAAAUCUUUGGAUUAUGAAAGAUCUGCUUUUCACACAUUGCUGAUUAAAGUGGAAAAUGAAGACCCAAUCAUGCCUGAGAUUAGUUAUGGUUCCAGUUCUACCACAACCGUGCAAGUCACAGUUCUUGAUGCGAAUGAGCCGCCUGUUUUCAAUCCUGACCCGACAAUUGUAGUCAAACCGGAGAACAUCGCAAUAGGCAGUGUUAUUGUGACAUUGAAUGCAACUGACCAAGAUAUCCUUCAGAAACAGACAAUUAAGUUUGCACUGUUUCAUGAUCCUGCUGGCUGGCUGACUAUCAAUCCCGCAAAUGGCACAGUUACAACCAAAGCUGCCCUGGAUCGAGAAUCUCCUCAUGUCCACAACAGUCAAUAUACAUCCUUAUUCCUUGCAAUUGAUAAUGGUGUCCCUGUUGCCACUGGCACUGGUACCUUGAUCAUCACCCUGCUGGAUGUGAAUGACAACCCACCCUCUGUUUUCCCAACCAUAGCAAAGUUCUGUGAGGAUACAAAAGAUGUCAACGUUGCAAUCUUGGGGGCAACAGACAAAGAUCUCCAUCCUAAUGCAGAUCCAUUCAAAUUUCAAUUGGGCAAGCAGCCUGGAAUUGAAAAAACCUGGAAGAUCACUCAAGUAAACAGUACCCAUGCUCAACUCAGACUCCUGCAGACACUGAAAAGAGCAAACUACAUUUUGCCAAUUGUAGUGACAGAUGGGGGAGAUCCCCCACUGACCAACAGUACAGAUGUUCUAGUGCAAGUCUGCUCCUGCAAGAAGAACAAAAUGGACUGCAGCUCAGCCAACUCUCUCCACAUCAGCAUCACGCUCCUCCUGGUCUCUAUCAUCACGUUGAUCUGCCUGUAACAAGUGCUGAUGUUGGUGCUGCCUACUGAGUUGCUGUGGCAACAAGAG